AUGCAGUUCAAUCGCGGAGAAGCUUCAAAAUCGUUGCUGGGGCAAGGACAGCAGUCUGAGCCAGUUUCAAGUCCAAGUCCUGAUCUGAUGUCCAAGGAUCGCGAGGAAGUUUUGAAGGCCUACGCCGAGAUGUCACGAAGGCCGGAUAUGCAAGACGUGUUGAAUUUCAUUGGUGAACAAGAGGCCAUCAGGCAGCUGGCGAAUCUUGACGCCAACGGCAAAGAAUUAGGGCUCAUGCAUCAUGGCGGUCUCCUCAUGCCUCAAGAACGACACAGCCUUAAAUGGGACCCCACAGAAGUGAUCCCGGAAAAUCGCAGUUUGUUUAAUCCUACGGCAAUUCUAGGCGGAUCUCAGCAAGCAUGGCUUGAGGAGACUAUGCGAGUGGGCAUUAAAACGGUCCGAUCAAACUUGAGAGGUCACCAAGGACUGACUUGA